AUGACUCAGCACGAGGCAGAAAAUCAUCCUCAGACGGGGCUACCGCAGCAAAACUUGAAGCUCGAGCCUCCUUCAGGCGGCCCCGAUCUUUCAGCGUCGUCGUUUUCCAUGAGCCUUGCUGAGAGCAUCGAGUCUGCUCUAGGGAAAGACUCGAGCGGGCUGACUCCUUCGACCAACCAGAACUUCAACUCCAACUUCUUGAACCAAGAGUACAUGAUGCUCGGGGACUUGAUCUCCAAGCCGCUGCUGCCGCUGCCGUCGUUCGACAACUUGAAUAUUCCUCCCCAUAUGGUAUCGCCCAAUAACAUGCUAAGUGAUCACGAUACAGAUAGAGAGAGCCGGCCCUUCAUUGCCUUGGAUAACAGAGACGAAGAACUGGGGCUGGAUUUCCUGUUUCAGUUUGCUAAAGCUGCCGACGCCCAGUAUGUGCUGCCGUUGCUCUCCCACCACAUAUACCAGACUGUGCAAGAUAUCUACUCCAACAAGAUCAUCGGGUUCGACUACCCGCUGUCGUACCACUCGCUCACGUUUUUCUUGAAGAAGCGGUUUGCUUUGAACAACGAGCACCUGCUGCCUGAGGAGAACGCAAGAAAGAGAAACAACCUACUCAUCAUUCUCAAACUCAUUGCAUCGUACCGCCCCACAUUUAUCAGCGCCCACAAGUCGCUUUUUAAGCCGUUCGAUUUCCAGUUUCUCGAGAUGUCUUUCCAAAGAUGCCUCUUGGACUACGAGAACCUCUCGAAGCUCAACGCUUCUCCUACUAUCAUAUGGCGCCGCACAGGCGAGAUUGUCAGCAUCCUGAACGACUUGGUUAAUUUGCUUGGGCUCAGCUCGUCCGACAUUUUGUCCAAACGUACCUUCAUCAUCGAGCUCAUGUACGACGACGAGUCCAUUGUCGAGUACUUUCGCUUGUUCAAAUCUGUAGCUGUGGGCAACCUCCACCUGACAAUCGUGACUCGGUGCAAGCUAAUCAAGAGGUCUACCGACCACGAGAGAAUCACCAGAACAAAUACACGAAUACGAGACUGCGACUAUAUCGAGUUUUGCUCGGCGUGGACAGUCAAGCGAGAUCUUUUCGACAUCCCCAUGAUGAUUGUGGGCCAGUUUCUUCCCGUGUUGCCCACCAGCGACAGCAUACGAACCUACUAA